UGGACAAUUGCGAGGGCAGUCACAUCAGGACGAGUCGCAGGCUAGGAAGGACUCCUCAUUUCCGUGCCACCCACGCGAAAUCACUAGCCCGAAGCGAAGAAGCAACUACCACCGUCAUGAUCAAAACCAGCUCCACACCGCGAGGCUCGUUCAUGUCGUCGACCGCGUCUCCCCGCGUGUCGGCCACCCCGUCGUUAAACCUCGACGACGUCAACAUCAAGACGUGGAUUCUCAACACGAGCUUGAUCGACAAUGUCACGUACUACCGCAUCUUGGUGCGCCGUGGCGCGACUACAGUUAUUCAAGAGACGAAGCGCCGAUACAAUGACUUUCUCGAGUUCCGCGACAACCUCCUCGAUUUGUUUGAGACCAUGCCGACAUGCCCUCGCUGCAUGAACAUUGCCAAGGCCAUCGCGUCGUUUGAAUUCCCAAAGAAGCACUACUUUUCUGCCAAGUCCAAAGUUGUUGUGAACUAUCGCAUGCAAGCGUUCCGCAACUUCAUCUCGAUGGUCGUGACCAAAGUGUUCAACCCGUCGCCCAAGUGUCCGACGUGCGGCGGGCAAGUGAUCACGGUUGUCCUGCGAUUCCUCUUACAGCACGCGACGAUUUUGCCGGAGAACCAAGUUCCCCGUGACAUGCCACGACAAACCGUCACAACCCCCAGCUCCACCCGCAGUGACUCGGCUGCCGCCAGCUUUAACAACUUUCCGCGCUCGUCAUCGGCGCCAAUGUCUAGUUUGCGCGGUGCCAUCACGACGUCGUCCUCGUUGGCGAAUUCGAAUGCUGCGUUCCCUUCGAGUCAAUUCCCGCAUGCCGCAUCGACGGGACUGCAGACAACAUCGAGAGCCCUGCCGUCCAAGUUUUCUUCGUUGCAACGGUACUCGGUUCCACAAGAAGACCACGAAGAUAUGUACGAUGACUUUGACGAAGAUGUAUCCAAGCAAAAACAACUCGCACGCCCUCCCGCGACCUUUGACAGCUUCCUGCAUGACAAGGACAGCGCGCGCAGCUUCUCGGCCGCCUCAGAUACCAUUCCCGAUAGUGAACAACCCGAAGCGACGACGCCUGCCGUCGAACACCCGGAAGGCGAGCGCACUAGCGACAGCUCGGACGACGAGAUUGAAAUGACGGGCGUCUUCACCACGCUCAAGUAGACGGGCCAAGGCGCACUUACUAUUGCGAGGGCUCGUCGAAUGGUUGCAUGUGCCUUAAGUUAUUUACAUGGUGUGCAAUGCGUUGUCAUAGCAAUUGCACAUCCUACUCUUGUAGAUGGCGCGCUUUAACGCACGGCAGCGUCAAGACAAAGACAUGUUGCGCACGAAAUACAAGUCUUUCUGGACUUACUCCAGCUUCGACUACUGGCACUACAUGCAACAUUGCAGCAUCAGGGACUGGCGCAGCCACCAAGCAAGCAUGCUG